GUUUCAGCGACACCGUAAUAUUCGGUCUUGUGAUCUUCAACAAGCUUCAACUAAACCUCUUUCACAUUUUUUAAUUGGUAUCUAACCAUGUACAAAGAGUGAUUAUUGUACAAGUGCAUGAAAAGAUAGUUCUUUGUUAAUUGCAUUGGUAUAGGGUGACAUAAUUUUGUUGAAAGAUGGCAGGAUUCGGUGGAGAUGCGUGGCUGACAGACCAUGAUGCCUGUGUUCGUCUGGGUCAAACUAUCAUGGAAAUGCUGAAUGAACGAGAUGGUCUACAGAGAAGUGGCUCAAACUACUCAAAGAUUAAUUCAGAAAUCCGGUCUCGUAUCAGGAGGUAUCAACAGGAUGUUCAACUAUUGGAUCAAAAUCUCAAGAAAGCAUCAAGUUCAUUCCACUUAACACAGAGGGAGGCAGACAGAAGGAGAGCAUUGGUAGAUAACCUGAAGGCCAAAGAGAAGAUGUUACAAAACUCUUUCAAGCAAGAUGUCACAUAUUCGGCACCUGAAAGAACAAGUCUAUUGCCGAGUACAUCGGGCUUUGCUCAGGAUGGCUGGGGAGGAGUGAGUGAAGAAACAAGGAAUCUAUCAGUCAAUGAAUUACAGCAAGAACAACAGAGAAUAAUACAGGAACAAGACCAAGGUCUAGAUGACUUAUCAGCAAUCAUCAAUAAACAGAAGAGACUUGGACAAGUCAUAGGACAUGAGGUGGACGAGCAUAUCGGCUUGUCUUCUGGGACUUCCUAAUUCUGUCAAACUUUAAUUGUUUGAGGAAUGAGGUUGGUUUGCUUGUUUUGAUGGCUGUAUUUGGAGAAUGUGGGAAAGAUAAUUGAUACAGGCAGUAUGGGUAGUUCAGUCAGUAGGUGGUUUCAAACCGCCUCGAUCAUAAGAAUCCCCGUUAAAUUAUGAGAACUUUUUUAGGCUAAAAAAAUACCCAUUAAUUAUUCCUACAUUCACACCACCCCGAAACAUACCUUUCUGGAUAAGUUCCUGAAGUUACAAGCAUGCGCAGUAUGGUCUGUAUAAGCAGGCAAUGCACGAGAU